AUGUCGACUGAGGAAUCAACAGACCAACAAUCAGCGGUAUCUGCCACCAACGCCGAAAUUACCUCGCCUCAAGAACCCCUUAUAGAUCUCAUGAUGGAAGCUCCUGAUUCCCCACCCGACUUCUUCGCCCCCAACCACAGUUUUACUGAUACGCCAAAUACUACGCCAUCGAGGUCUGCUCAGAGUCAGGAUAAGGUUAAUCAUGGUGCGCCUGGUAGCUCGUGGAAUUCAAAGAAGUUUAGGGAGGAUUAUGAUCGGGUUUGGGAUGGGUUGAUGGAUAAAAAUUGGGAUGGGAAGACGAAAUAUGGUGAUCCUUUGAUUAAGAAUUGA